AUGCAUCUCACAUCUCUCACGCUCGGAAGUGGCAUCUUAUCACUGGUGUCGGCUUUACCGUCGAACACACCAGUGGAUCUGCCAAGGAGACAGUAUGAUGUACUUCCACCAACAUAUGAUCCAGCUCUGUCAUCAUCCGAUCAAAGGGCACAGGCUGUGGUGGACGCAUUCAGGACAAGCUGGGAUGGGUAUCGUAAAUAUGCGUUUCCGAUGGAUGAGCUGAGGCCUGUGAGUAACAACGGAAGCAACUCAAGAAACGGAUGGGGAGCUUCCGCCGUUGACGCGCUCAGCACAGCGCUCAUCAUGGGUCAGAAAGAUAUUGUGAACGAGAUCAUAGAGUACAUUCCUACCAUAAACUGGGCGUUCACGGACGACUCUGUUUCCUUAUUUGAAACCACAAUCCGCUAUCUGGGCGGCAUGCUCUCUGGCUACGAUCUGCUUUCCGGUCCUUUGGCGCAUCUAGCAAAUGAUCCAGCAAACGUAGAAGCCCUACUCACGCAAUCUAUCAAUUUGGCCAACAACCUUUCCUACGCAUUCGAGACACCCUCUGGAGUGCCCUGGAACGUCCUUACCUUUAACAACCGAAGCAACGACGGUUCUGAAAACGGUCUUGCAACUGUCGGCACACUGAUCCUAGAAUGGGUCCGCUUAGCGGAUCUCUCCAGCAACCAAACUUACGCAGACCUGGUUGAAAAAGCCGAACAAUACCUACUUUACCCAUCCCCAGACUACGCUGAGCCAUUCCCCGGGCUUCUAGGCUCCACAAUCAAUGUCACAACAGGGCAAUUCACAGACGCGCAAGGAGGAUGGGUAGGCGGUUCGGACUCGUUCUACGAAUACCUAAUCAAGAUGUACAUCUACGAUCCACGCUACAGCUUCCUCAAAGAACGUUGGAUCAAAGCAGCAGACAGUUCCAUCGCGAACCUAGCCUCCCACCCAGCCCCCCGCCCAGACUUGACCUUCCUCGCAGCCUACGACAAUACGACCCUCGAUCUAACAUCCCAACACCUCGCCUGUUUCGACGGCGGAAACUUUAUCCUAGGCGGUCAAGUCCUCGACCGACAAGACUACAUCGAUUUCGGUCUUGAACUCGUUAAUGGGUGCCAUGAGACUUAUAUUUCAACUGCUACGCGUAUCGGUCCUGAGAUCUUCUCCUGGAACACUUCUGCCGUGCCUGCAAACCAGACUGGCUUUUUCAAUCGAACAGGGUUCUUCAUCGAAGACGGCGGGUAUCAACUCCGUCCUGAAGUCAUAGAAUCUUACUACUACGCCUACCGCGCGACUUCGGACCCGAAGUACCAGGAAUGGGCGUGGGAUGCUUUUGUGGCGAUUAACGCUACGACGAGGGUGGGCAGUGGGUACAGCUCUAUCAAGGAUGUGAAUGUUGUUGGAGGUGGGGGUUACACGGAUUUCCAGGAGAGCUUUUGGUUUGCGGAGGUGUUGAAGUAUAGUUUUGCUAUUCAGGCGGGGGAGGCGGAGUGGCAGGUUGGUAGGGAUGGGGUGAAUGAAUGGGUUUAUAAUACUGAGGCACAUCCGGUUAGGGUUUAUGGCGGUGGGAAUGCGACGAGGGAGGGUUUUGGGCAGUAG